AUGGAGCCUCAUAGUACGAGCCUCACUAUGAUGCGUAUCCUGUGCUUUGGCCCAGGCGAGCUUCAGCCUCAGCUUAACGCAGUUAUGGUUGAUCAGCUCAAUUACAAUAUCUUGACUCAGAGAGGGCUUAGGCUGCUCCAAGGCAUCAAAGUCAAUCCUCGACGGGAACAGAAGUUUUUGAUUGAUCGAACUGGUUUUGAAUUUGCCGUUCGGGAUGUAGUCGACCUUCAGAUUUGGAGGGAUGGCGAUACUAGAAGCGUAAACCAAACAUUCUAUGUUCUUAUGAGCGAUGAUACGCUCCGGCAAGGGGACUUGCACGAACGACAUUUACACGUGAUUCUGAGCCCCAAUUGCUUUCCUCCAGACAGCCCAGACUCAGAGGGUGAUCCUGUCGCAACAUUGAGAGUUUCAAAUCCUGGUAAAACAGCAGAGAAACAGGACCAAGAGCAAGAUAAAAAGCAAAAGCGAAAGAAUGCAGAGAAUUUCGAAAAAAGAAAGCGCGAAGAGGACAGAACUCGUGCUGCGCAGCAGACUCGAAACCCCAAAAAUGACGGCUGA